AUGAUUCCUCACUCAAAGCCCUUCCAGCCGCCCAACUCGUUGCAGUACGUCGACAAUGUCUUGAAGACAGGGAAAUUGGCUCAAGGGCCGUACACUUCAAGGUGUGAAAAGUGGCUGGAAGCGAUGAUGCAAACAGGAAAGGCUUUCCUAGUGACCUCUGGGACGACGGCUCUCGAGAUGGCCGCCAUGGUCAUUGAUGUUCAACCCGGUGACGAAGUCAUAUUCCCCAGCUACACGUUCGUGUCCACGAUCAACGCCUUCGUCAGCAGGGGCGCAACGCCCGUGUUCAUCGACAUUGAAAAGAACACGAUGAAUAUGGACGUAAAUCUCAUCGAAGCCGCAAUCUCUGAGAAGACGCGGGUCAUCGUCCCCGUUCACUAUGCUGGCAUUUCAUGCGAUAUGGAAGCUCUGAUGGACAUCGCGUCCCGUCACAACCUGAUUGUUGUCGAAGACGCAGCCCAAAGCCUGACUUCCAAGUAUCGCGGCGUCUAUUCCGGCACGAUUGGGCAUAUCGGCUGUAUCAGCUUCCACGAGACGAAGAACGUCACAUCCGGAGGUCAGGGUGGCGCCAUCUUGAUCAACCGGGAUGAGCUGGUUGACAGGGCCGAAGUCGUCUAUGACAACGGCACCAACAGAGUCGAGUUCAUUCGAAAAGGGUUGCCAAUGUACGAGUGGCAGGACAUUGGAUCAAACUAUGUCAUGUCCGAGGUGCUUGCCGCCCUCCUGUGGUCCCAUCUCGAGAUGGCGGAAGCUAUCCAGAGGACUAGACUGAACAUCUGGAAUACAUACCAGGCUGCGCUCCAGCCGUUCUCAGAAUCUUCUGGGGAGUUUGCCUUACCCAAGAUACCAGAGGGCUGUGAGCACAACGGUCACAUAUUCUACCUCAAGCUUCGGGAUGCGUCUCGCCGUUCCGCCUUCGCGCAAUACAUGAAGGAGCAUGGUGUAUCGGUAUCCUCUCACUACUCUCCUCUUCACAAGUCGCCAAUCGGGAAGAGGAUUGGCAAAUUUGUUGGAAAGGAUGAGAAUACGUCUCUGGCAAGUCUUCAGCUUGUGCGUCUGCCCAUCUACUUCGAGAUAAGUGAAGGAGAGCAGAGCAAGGUGAUCUCACUGGUUCAAAGUUACUUCGGACGCAAAGAGUCCAGACUGUGA